GACAACCACCUCACUGCAGCGUGCACUCAGGGUGGCCAUAAAGUGAAGAAAUUAGCUCAAUUUCUACUUCUACAACAAAGAACUGCUGCUCUGUAAGUACAGCGAUUUUCUCUUUUCCUUGGUGGAAGUGAGGAAAUGUUUAUUGGGAACUGUUAUUUACAGUACCUUUCACAGGAGUGUCUCAGCCUUGAAGGAGGUCAUUCCCAUCCCUUGAGAGACUGGUGGUUAGGCAGAAAGCGUUUUAGCUGCGUCUGUGGCGCUCCCCAGCCAGACCCUCACGGCCUGUGUGAAUGUCACAGUUGUGCAAACAGCAGGGGGAAGUGCAGCUUGAGACUCCAUGAGAAGCCAGAACGUGCAGCUGCUUGGAAGCUCUGGCACAACAUGCUUUUCCUGUGGUGAGCUGUGGGACGUGCAGCUAGGGCACAUUUCGGGACUGCCUUCAGAAACGCUGCGCAUUAGCAGCAGUCCUCGUGCUGGAAAAUUUGGAAUAAUUUUAAGUCACCAGUCUAUCAGCUGCCUGCUUUGAACACAACUUGACCAGGAUCCGAACACUCCAAAUGCAGAAAUGAUUUGGCAAGUAACGUCUCAUUGGUCACCCCUGGUUACACCCCUGAUUUUUGGUCUGCUUCUGCAAGCACCAUUCACACAGCCUUCCACCAUCACACAGCCAAACUUUGUCCUGUUGCUGGCUGAUGAUCUUGGCAUAGGGGAUGUAGGUUGCUAUGGGAAUGAUACUAUCAGGACGCCCAACAUUGAUCGCCUGGCAGAGGAAGGAGUGAAGCUGACCCAGCACAUCGCUGCAGCCCCGCUCUGCACGCCCAGCAGAGCAGCUUUCCUCACUGGCAGAUAUCCCCUCCGAUCAGGGAUGGAUGCUAUAAACGAUUACCGUGUUAUUUUUUGGAAUGCUGGCUCAGGAGGGCUUCCUCCGAACGAAACCACUUUUGCCAAAAUACUGCAGCACCAAGGCUACAGCACAGGACUGAUAGGGAAGUGGCAUCAAGGUGUUAACUGUGAAUCCCGCAAUGACCACUGCCAUCACCCUUUAAAACAUGGAUUUGACUAUUUCUAUGGGAUGCCUUUCACACUAAUAAGUGACUGUCAGCCAACAGAAACGCCAGAGAUGGACAGAGCCUUCAGGAGGAAACUCUGUCUUUCCACUCAAAUGAUUGGCCUCAUUACACUCACUGCUGUCCUUGGGAGACUGACUGGCUUGAUUCCAGUCCACUGGAGAACACUGACCUGCCUUGCUGGGUUCAGUCUCCUGUUCUUCAUAUCCUGGUUCUCGAGUUAUGGAUUUGUACGGUACUGGAACUGCAUCAUGAUGAGAAACCAUGGAAUUACUGAGCAGCCAAUGGUGACAGACAGAACUACGUCCCUUAUCUUGAGAGAGUCCAUUUCAUUUAUUGAGAGAAAUAAGCACAAGCCAUUCCUCCUCUUUCUUUCCUUUUUGCAUUCCCACACCCCUCUCCUCACCACAGAAAAGUUUCUUGGGAGGAGCAGACACGGUUUAUAUGGAGACAAUGUAGAGGAGAUGGACUGGAUGGUGGGCCAGGUUCUAGAUGCUAUUGACAAGGAAGGCUUGAAAGAAACUACACUAGUUUACUUUGCCUCUGAUCAUGGUGGAUGGCUGGAAAGACAAGAAGGUGAAAGGCAGUUGGGUGGCUGGAAUGGAAUAUACAAAGGUGGAAAAGCUAUGGGAGGCUGGGAAGGAGGAAUCCGUGUCCCAGGGAUAUUUAGAUGGCCAGGAGUGUUACCUGCAGGCACAGUUAUUGAUGAACCUACAAGCCUUAUGGAUAUUUAUCCUACAGUAGUUCAUUUGGCUGGAGGGGAAGUGCCUCGGGACAGGGUGAUGGACGGCCGGGAUCUGCUGCCCUUGCUGCGAGGGGCGGUGGCGCACUCGGAGCACGAGUUCCUGUUCCAUUACUGCGGCGCUCACUUACACGCCGUGCGCUGGCACCAGAAGGACACUGGAGCUGUUUGGAAGGCUCAUUUCAUGACUCCCAUUUUCAGACCUCCUGGAGCCGGGGCUUGUUAUGACAGAGGAUUUUGCCCAUGCUUUGGGGAAGGAGUGGCCCACCAUGAGCCUCCAUUGCUGUUUGAGCUCUCACAAGACCCUUCUGAAGCCAAACCUCUCUCAGCUGACACAGAGCCCCUCUUUGACACUGUCAUAAGGAAGAUUGGCAGAGCCAUAGAGGAACAUCGCAGGACACUGACUCCAGUGCCAGAGCAGCUCUCUGUGUCCAACGUGGUGUGGAAACCGUGGCUGCAGCCGUGCUGUGGGACGUUCCCAUUCUGUUGGUGUGAUAAGGAAAGUGAAAAUAAACUUGUUGACCUAUAAAGGAUAGAACCUGAUACUUUCUCAAAAAUGUA